UGCUGGUUGUCAUACUAACUUUUCAACAUUAGCUAUGCGUGAACCUAAUGGUAUUGAAGCUAUCGAUGAAGCUAUUACAAGACUCAAAUGUCGUCAUAAAACUCACAUUGCCAUGUAUGGUAAAGGUAACGAACGACGAUUAACUGGACGACAUGAAACAGCAAGCAUCAAUCAAUUCAAUGCAGGUAUUGCUAACCGAGGUGCAUCAAUUCGAAUUCCUCGUCAAGUUGGUGAAGAUCGAUGUGGUUAUUUGGAAGAUCGUCGUCCAGCAUCAAACUGUGAUCCAUAUGCUGUAACCGAUAUUAUUAUACGAACUGUAUGUCUUGGUGAAAAAGACUCUGAAGAACAACAAGCAUUAUCUGCGAAAAAAUCAAUCUCAGACCGAGAUUGA